AAUGGAAAGAGUUAGAGAGAUUUUGGUGGAGCUGAAAUGUUACCCGCGUAAAAAGGAAGCCGUAGCUCUUAUAAGAAGAUUCGUGGAGAUUAUAGAAGAGACUGAUAACGGGGAGGAGAGAGAUCAUCUCAUGUCAGAAAUCUUCAACCUCUUCACAACAGAUGAUACAGAUCAGGUACUGCUUCAAAUUAUGUUCCAACAGAAAGAAAUCAAAAUGCUGAGAAUUUUAAAAAUUCUUGCAGAUCUGCUUUGUAUAUGGGGUAAAAUAAACCCCGAAAAAAGGAACAAGUUUGCUGGUAAACUUAAUUUCAUAGACAAGUCUAUUUGGAGUAAAUUUACUCCUCUCGGAACAAAUGUAACAAAUCUGAAACUCGUGGUUGAGAUUUUUUACCACAUGGCCAAUUUUAGAAUCAUUGACGAGAUGCCUACUCUGCUUAAAAUGGUGAAGGGUUUUUGGCAAGAUGAAGAGUUGCUUCAUGGCACUGUGAGGUUAGUGGCCAAGCUGUGGGUAUUCCUUUUACACGAUGGACUCCUCAACCAUAGAACGCCUGAAUUUGAAAUGGAAACUCACUCUAAUAAUACCUACUACUUAUCUGUUCUGAUGCGCAUCUCCUUUGAUAAAUACCCUAAUUCAUUCGAAAAGACGAUUAAUUUCCCAAGAAAUUGUGCAGCACCUCAAAACAAAGCCUUUCCACUUAUAAGGGAGUGGUUAGAAACAUUGUUAGCUAAUCUUGGUAAAAGGGCUCGUGUUCAGAAAUUGCUUAAAGCAAUUCGUCCAAUUAUGCCGAUAGUGAGCGGGACAAUAAAAUGUAUCUACGAGAAAAAUGAGUUAGCAGCAACAUACGGGAGUGAUAAUUACCUUCUCACCAUAAUGAGAGCUCUCAAUUUAAUGCUUCUUCAGCAAAAAGAUCCCGAGAUUAAUUUUAAAGUGAUCAUUGAAUCUAAGAUAAUGAUUAACUUGAUGGAUGUUUUUGAGAAAUAUCCUCCAGAAGUAAUAUUCCAAUCACCUGAAUUCGACGAUGACGACGAUGAUUGCGAUACAAGUUUGUUUUUUCUAACUGUUGAGAGGUUCCUAAGGCUGCAUUCUAGAGCUAUCAUACCGAAGACUCUUCAGGAGAAACACAACAUCCUGAAUACACUUCUCAAAAUAGUAAAAUGUGAGAAAUUCUAUGAGAGAGAAACGCUCAAAUUCCAUAGCAAAACGGCUCGCAAAAAUCCUCUGCCGUUCAUGCCUGGUGAACGUUUCAAGCAUCUGGAGAAAGUCUAUAAAGAUGACUUGAAAGCAGGAGUCUUUUUCGAGAAUUAUUGCAAUUCCGAGAUAAACAUUGUGUCAUCAUUAAUAGCUCAUGCUGAGAAACAUGAACACGCUGUACAUGAUAUUUCAACUCUUUUGAGAACAAUUGUGAACCAUUGCAAUUCACCUGAGCUAGUCGAUCUUGUUCUUCCUUUCUUACGACUCGGAUAUGAACGUUCCGGUUACAAAUUCGACAUGUGGUCCCGGGACCUGGACAGGUGUUAUGAUGAGAAUGGCCGUUCUCGUAUGGUAUUAAGUAUGAGUUACCCUUGUGCUACAUUGGAUGUGAUCUAUUUUAUCGUCGAGCAUUCAACGCUUUCCCGAUUACAGGAAAUAGAAACUGAAUACGAUUUUAUUUGGUUUAUUUUAAGGGUAAUAGGAUUAACCACUAAUUAUGAACACGUGGGAGAUGCAUUUCAGAUUAUCCUCAGCUUGAUGGAUAAACAUCAUUUCAAACUUUUAUCCCCCGAGGUCAUUGUAGAUCAGAUGCCUCUAAUCUUCAAGAGGAAAAGCCUCGACAGAUUAGCUGAAAAUUGUGCAAGAGAAAUUGCAGUCAAGUUAGCUUUUUCACUGAUGUCUAGCCCAAACUAUGAUUCUCUGUAUGAAAAGCUUCAAAACCUACCCGAUUUUGAACCCACCUUAAACGAUCAUGUGAAGGAUCACUGGUGUAUGGUUCCUCAUAGGCCAGCUGCUGUAGGGCUGAUGUGGUUCAUGGUGAAGAGUGGUAAAUGCAGAGGAGUAAUCAACACAUUCACCAUCAUGGAGUCACAUGCGUUGGAAAAGACUGUUGGAUAUCUGGACUUCGGAAACACUGAAAUUGCCAGAAUUCUGAAACAUUUAGCUGAUGAGAUAAUUAUGUAUUUGGUUCGAGAUCCCCCGUACAACGCUAAAUAUUUAAUUGAUUUAACCAACUGUAUGGUUGUUAUUGCAAGAUCUAGUUCUCUUGAUGAGGAACUGUAUGUUCUUGAGGAUAUGGUGUCUCCAGCAAUGUGGCUUCUUGAGAAACAAGACGAUGAAAGAUAGUGGCAAAUGUAAAAGAGUUUAUCAAAAUAUUGCAUUAAAUGGAAAUUGUGAAAAUUAGAUCUCAUCCUUGUCAGCGUUUUUGCUUUAAAGGUUGUUAUUAUAUACACGAUUACACGAUUUUUUUACACGAUUAGAAAAUGUAUUUGUUAUACUGGAAUAAUAACAAUUUUAAAAUAUAAAAUAAAUCACUUCCCUCUGAAGUAGAACAGAUGAUGGGAGAGCUUCAAACAUGGCGAUGGAGGGAAGCGGUGUCUCACCGCUGGGAGGUAAAUUAAUACCCGUAUCGCGAUGGUAAAAUUUUAUGAUAUGAGAUCUCAAGU